UUCGCGAUGUCAAAUAAGGCACCUGCUCUGUCGAGACUGCAAAAGGAAUUCAAAGAGUUCACAAACAAACCAUUAGAAUGGGCUACGAUGAAAGUGGUGGACGACAACUUGCACCAUUGGAGAGUGACAAUUGAAGGGCCUGAAAAAACUCCCUACGAAAGCGGCUUUUUUACAAUAGAUCUCGAAAUGCCAGCCGAGUACCCCUUCAAACCACCCAAAGUUAAGUUCAUUACCAAAGUCUAUCAUCCUAACAUUCUGAAAAAAGACGGCUCCAUUUGCGCGGAGGUUCUCGGCUCCACCUGGUCCCCCCAAAUUAAACUGCACGAAGUUUUGUUGAUAUUGCGAAGCAUGCUUGCUGAACCCAACGUCGACUCUCCACUGGAAGAAGAGAUCGCUGAACAAUUUCAGAAUAACCGCGAUACAUACAAUAAGACUGCAAAAUAUUGGACGAAAAAAUACGCAAAAAAAGAAAAAUGA